AUGUCAAGAGACUCGCAAUUCAACAGAUCGAACUACAACUCGCGUGGCGGUGACUUCCGCGGCGGCAGAGGUUCAGAUAGAAACUCCUACAACAGGGACGGAAACAGGUCGUCUGGUGGCAGUUUCCAGGGUAACUCUAGGUCUUUUCAACAGGGCCCACAGGAGCUGAUGAAGCCAAACUGGGAUGAGGAAUUGGCAAACUUGCCAACAUUCGAGAAGAAUUUUUACGUUGAGCACGAAUCCGUUCGCAACAGAUCAGACGCAGAGAUUGAAGCCUUUAGAAAGGAAAAUGAGAUGACCAUCUCCGGUCAUGACAUACCCAAACCGAUUACCUCUUUCGACGAAGCUGGUUUCCCAGAGUACGUCCUAAGCGAGGUUAAGGCGGAGGGGUUCGACAAGCCAACGGGUAUCCAAUGCCAGGGCUGGCCAAUGGCUUUAUCGGGUAGAGAUAUGGUUGGUAUCGCAGCAACUGGUUCUGGUAAAACUUUGUCGUACUGUUUGCCUUCUAUCGUCCACAUAAAUGCCCAGCCUUUGCUGGCACCGGGCGACGGACCAAUCGUUUUGGUUUUGGCACCAACAAGAGAACUGGCUGUUCAAAUUCAAAAGGAGUGUUCGAAAUUCGGUCAUUCUUCUAGAAUUAGAAACACUUGUGUCUACGGUGGUGUUCCCCGUGGGCAACAAAUCAGAGAUUUAAGCCGUGGUUCAGAAAUCGUUAUCGCUACUCCAGGUAGAUUGAUUGAUAUGUUGGAAAUCGGAAAGACCAACCUGAAAAGAGUCACAUAUUUGGUUCUGGAUGAAGCUGAUAGAAUGUUGGAUAUGGGUUUUGAACCACAAAUUAGAAAAAUCGUCGAUCAAAUUAGACCUGACAGACAAACUUUGAUGUGGUCUGCAACCUGGCCUAAAGAAGUUAAGCAACUAGCAAGCGAUUACUUGAACGAUCCAAUCCAAGUUCAGAUUGGUUCUCUAGAAUUGGCAGCAUCCCACAACAUUAAACAAGUUGUCGAAGUUGUCACUGGAUUUGAAAAAAGAGAUCGUUUGUUAAAACAUUUGGAAAUAGCUUCAGAGGAUAAAGAGUCAAAAAUCUUGGUAUUUGCUUCAACAAAGAGAACUUGUGACGAUAUCACAAAAGUUUUGAGAGACGACGGAUGGCCUGCUUUGGCUAUACAUGGUGACAAAGACCAAAGAGAACGUGACUGGGUUCUAAACGAAUUCAGAACAGGUAGAUCACCUGUUAUGGUUGCCACAGAUGUGGCUGCUAGAGGUAUUGAUGUCAAAGGUAUCUCAUAUGUUAUUAACUAUGAUAUGCCAGGUAACAUUGAAGAUUACGUUCAUAGAAUUGGUAGAACAGGUAGAGCCGGUGCCUCAGGUACUGCUAUAUCGUUCUUCACUGAAGAUAACAAAAGUUUGGGCUCUUCUUUGAUAUCUAUUAUGAGAGAAGCCAAACAAGAAGUACCAGCCGAGUUAUUGAAAUAUGACAGAAGAGGCCAUGGUGGUCAUCCAAGAUAUGGUGGUGGCUACGGUGGUCGCGGUGGUCGUGGUGGUUACGGUCGUGGUCGUGGUGGCUACGGCGGUCGUGGCGGUCGCGGUGGUUUCGGUGGUGGCAGACCAAGAGAUGGUGGUUGGGGUGGAAACAGAUAUUGA